UCCAGCGCAACAGCAGAGAUCGAUGCCACACUAUCUCGACUCUCGGGUUACAAGAAUGUCAUGGGGAUCAUGGUCAUGACGAGGGCUGGAGGUGUCCUGCGACAGAGCGGUCCGGCUUUCGAAGGUGACAAGGGCAAGACGUACGCGAGGGUAGUGGUGAAGAUGAUCGAGAGCGUCAUCAAGGGUAUAGAGGAGCUGGAGGAAGGAGACUCGCUCAAGUUCUUGCGUAUGCGGACGAAGAAGCACGAAUUGAUUAUAUCUCCAGGCAAGGCUAAAGCUAAACUGCCCUUCUUUGAUGCUGAGCACUGA